AUGGAGGCGCAGUCUUACGAUGCUCGAUUCAGUGAUAGGGUUAGGAGGUUCCAGGAGUUUCUUGAUUCGCAUACAGAGUACACGGAUCGUAUUAGAGCGAUCUUGGUCCACAAUGGUGUGGAUGAUGGCAGCGACGCAAGCGUCGCUUCAGGUUUGACAUGGGAAAAUAAGUCUGGUAAGCUGGCGGGUGCCGGGGGGAAGCUUCCUCAGCGAAUUGUUAUUUCAUUAGAUGAGCUGAGGGAGUUUGAUAGGGUUUAUUGGAAGGGUAUUUUACGGCAGCCUGCGUAUUUCUUACCACCUGCAGAACAUGCGGUUGGAGAGAUAGCUAUGGCGUUUGAUGAUUCGGCUUCUAACAGGGCUAUUGCAAAUUCGUCGAGUUCCAGAUGGCGACUUUCUUUCAAGGGGGCGUUUGGGUCGCAUGCGCUUUCACCUCGUACGCUGACUUCGAUGCAUCUGAAUAGGCUAGUGUCGGUAGAAGGGAUUGUUACAAAGACGUCGCUGGUUCGGCCAAAACUGUUGCGUUCAGUUCAUAUUUCGGAAGUUUCGAAUACUCAUUACUAUAGGGACUACCGUGAUGCUACGACCACUUUGGUUACAGAGGUUCCGACGCCUGCUAUAUAUCCGGAAAGUGAUCCGGAGGGUAACAAGUUGUUAACUGAAUAUGGAUACUGUGCAUACAUGGAUCAUCAACGGAUCACGGUUCAGGAGAUGCCGGAGAAGGCUCCUCCUGGACAGCUGCCUCGUUCUAUCGAUAUUAUACUGGACGAUGAUCUGGUGGACAGAACUAAACCGGGUGAUAGGAUUAGUGUUGUUGGUCUUUACAAAUCUAUUGGUAACGGUGGGAUGUCAGGAGGUUCCUCUUCCGAUCAAGGCAAUAAUGGUCUCUCGGGUUUCAGAACUCUUUUGAUAGGUAACACUGUUUAUCCACUUCAUGCCCGUUCCACCGGUGUUUCUGCCUCACAUCGUCUUUCAGAUUCGGAUAUUCGAAACAUCAAUAAGCUGUCAAAGAGGCCAGAUGUCUUUGAGUUGGUCUCUCAAUCGUUAGCUCCAUCCAUCUACGGUCAUGAAUAUAUUAAGAAAGCAGUGCUCCUUAUGAUGCUUGGUGGGGUUGAAAAGAAUUUGGAAAAUGGUUCCCAUCUUAGAGGUGAUAUAAAUAUUCUCAUGGUUGGUGAUCCUUCUACCGCAAAGUCGCAAAUGCUUCGUUUCGUUCUUAAUACUGCAGCACUAGCCAUAGCCACUACUGGUCGAGGUUCUUCCGGCGUGGGUCUUACCGCUGCAGUUACAAUGGAUAGAGAGACGGGUGAGCGCAGGCUCGAAGCCGGUGCUAUGGUUCUUGCAGAUCGUGGUAUUGUCUGUAUAGAUGAAUUCGAUAAAAUGUCUGAUGUUGAUCGUGUUGCUAUCCACGAAGUGAUGGAACAACAAACAGUUACUAUUGCAAAAGCUGGUAUACACACUACUCUGAACGCGCGUUGCUCCGUUAUAGCCGCUGCAAACCCUGUAUUUGGUCAAUACGAUGUUAACAAGGACCCCCACAAGAAUAUUGCUCUGCCAGACUCCUUGCUGUCCCGUUUUGACUUGUUAUUCGUGGUUACAGACGAUAUAAAUGACAUCCGUGACCGUGCCAUUAGCGAACAUGUCCUCCGAGCUCAUCGUUAUUUGCCCCCAGGUUAUAUGGAAGGUGAACCAAUUCGUGAGUAUGUCAACCUUUCUCUUUCCGUUGGUGAGGGGGCCUAUGGUUCGGGCUCUGUUUCAACAGGAUCUGCCGCCGAUGAUGACGAAGACGAAAAUGCAGAUGAUAACUCAAAGGUCUUUGAGAAAUUUGAUCCUCUCUUGCAUGCGGGUGCAAAGCUUGCAAAGAAUCGUGGUAACCACAGAGGUACAGAACUACCGAAGAUCGUUUCGAUCCCAUUCCUUCGUAAAUAUGUCCAGUAUGCCAAGGAUCGUAUAUCUCCUGUACUCACCCAGGACGCGGUCGACAUCAUCGUCCAUACUUACUCAGAGUUGAGAAAUGAUCAAAAUACCAAGAAGUCUCCCAUCACUGCAAGGACUUUAGAAACACUUAUUCGUCUCUCCAGCGCCCAUGCAAAGGUGCGGCUUUCCAAGCUGGUGGAGGCCCAAGACUCAAAGGUAGCUGCACAGUUACUUCGCUUUUCCUUACUUGGCGAAGAAGACCCUAAAUCACCUACACUCGGCAACGGCUCUCCUAGCAAGUCUCCUAGAAAGAAGCAGCGUACUAGAAUAUAUGUCAGUGACGACAUAAACACUGAAGACAAUAUACCACUUCCGGCUCCAACUUCAAGCUCUAUAACAGCCACACCACUUCGACAAACUGCAGCCACUUCUCUUGGACUAAUAGACAGUGAUAGCGAUAGCGAAGAGGAUGACGACGAUGUUCCAGAAGGCAUUGACACUGGAACUCCAAUGACACGUUUGCCCGCAGACGUUUUGUCGGACCUUCAACACAGAAUGGAACGUGGACUUCGUGUCUCUCCGCGUCUUGCAUCUAGAAGAAGACUUCUCUCGGAGGCGGAAAACACUUCCAAUCCAGUUGUGCCCCCAGUCUCCCAAAUUCACCUAAAUUCACAGCAAGUUACCGCUACAAGUCAAUCUUCGGAUCCUAGCUUUGCACCCCCAGAUGAAGUUGUCUCCAUGGAACAUACUGAAUCAGGAACAAUAUCACCGGGUAGAAUAACCCUUAUAUCUAGUAUUAUUGCUCGCCUCAUGCAAACUGAUAUAUUCGAAGACGAACACUACCCCAUUGCGGGCUUACUGGACAAGGUCAACGAAGAACUACCAGAUGAAGAGAAAUUCUCACCACAAGAAUACCUCGCAGGUCUAAAGAUUAUGAGCGAUAGGAACAACUUAAUGAUUGCUGAAGAAAAGGUCUGGAGGGUCUAG